AUGGGAAAGGCGGAGGAGAAGAAACCCCAGCACAGCGCACCCGAAGGGGAGAAAAGCACCGACUCGAGCAAGACACAGGAGCCCGCGAUGAAGAAGAAGAAGCAGAAGAAACCCAAGGGGGAUCCCAAAACUGGCCAGGAGGAGGAAUCCCACACUUGUUGUGGCUGCCGUUUCCCGCUGCUGUUUGCUUUGUUGCAGCUGGCAUUAGGCAUCUCUGUAACAGUGCUGGGCUUCCUUAUGGCAGGCAUCAGUUCUUCUCUGCUAGUCAGAGACACUCCAUAUUGGGCUGGGAUAAUUGUCUGUGUGGUGUCCUUAGUGGGGUUUGUUAUGCUUUGUAUUUCGUAUCAACCUGAUGAGAAGACGUGCGUGCAGUUCACAGUAAAGCUGAUGUAUUUUCUCCUGAGUGCCCUGGGUCUGGUUGCCUGUGUUUUGGCAGUGGCUUUUGCUGCACACCAUUAUUUGCAGAUGACAAAAUUUACCUGCGAUACCAUCCUCGAGUCCUGCCAGUGCAAGCUGGACACCGCAGACCCCCUCGGUAGGACCUUCGUCUACCAGGACGCAGCCGACUGCGGCAGCCUCACCAGUAUGCUCAACCUGUACUUACUUCUGCAGAUGGUUCUCAAUCUGAUCGCGGCCCUGGUGUGUCUGUCGGCAUGCUUCGUGAUGUGGAAACACAGAUACCAGGUCUUUUACGUGGGCGUUCGGUUCUACCCUUUAACCGCUACUGAAGGCCAGCAACAGAAAGUAUAGGGUCUG